UAGGCUAGAAAGAAAUGAUAGACCCAACGACAAUACAUGUACAUCCGGAAAUGAUUUUUUUGUGCACAAGUGUGGUAGGUGCAUGAGAUGAUAGAAUGUUUAUGUGGGAGGGGUAUCACGGAUAGCAAGGAGCAUGCAAUGAUAGUGACGAUGACGACGAAUGAGUGGGAAAAAAAAAAGAAAGAGAAAAACGCAACCAAACUCAAUAUCAAGCCCCAUCCUCCUCCUUCAUCCACCCGCCUCCACUCAGUCCGCCAUGGCUACUGCUGCUGCUGCUAUUCGCCUCGGCAGCAUCCACAGCCUCCAACAGCUCCGCCUCUACAACCCCAUCUGCAUCAACCAAAUCUGACCCCCACCACCAGUCGCUUCAACCGCACCUAG